AGGAGAAAAUUAUUAUCAGUUUGUGGUAUAAAUGUGUGGAAAUGGAAUCGAAUGGUAAUUUGAAAUCGCAAAUCGAAAAUCGCUAAGGAGGAGAAAUAGCAGUGAAGAAAAAUGGGAAGGUGGAGAGACCAUGUGGUUGCGUUGACAAUCCUGGCGGUGGGCCUCCUCUCAAUCUCAGCCAUCGCAAGACCCUGCAAGACCUUCCUCAUCUCCUCCUAUUCCUUCUCUUUCCAAAACCCUAACGAUCCUUCCUCCUCCGCCUCGUCCGGAUUCGUCACCAUCUUCACCGAAAUCCGCCAAUUGAAACCAGUUCCCAUACCCUCCGAUCCCAAUCCCAAGCCGUCCUACGUAUUGAGAUCUCUCCGCGAGCGCAGCAGGGACAUUCUGAGCGUGGUCGUCGCUCUCCUAUUCGGCGUCGGCUGUGGCGCUCUGACUGCCGCCACCCUCUACUUGGUGUGGACCCUGUUCUCGGCCCGUUUCGAGUAUCAUCGCGCUUGUUUGGAGGAAGAUGAGAGUGAUGAAGAAUUUAGCCCUAAGAAGAUGGGGUAUGUAAACAUUCCUGCUGUUAACGUUGAGGAAGACCUUUGAUCAAAUAACAUGGAGUAGUAAUUAAUAUUAAUAAUAAAAGUUCAAGGAUUGAUUGUUGUGUGUUUCGGCAAACUUAUGUCUGUGGCUAUGUAUUUUAUUUUAAGGCUUUUUUAAUAAUAUGUAAUCUAAAUACCACUACUACUGUAUUACUUAUUUGGAUUGGAUGCUACUUGCUGA